ACCUGCUUGACGCAUGCAGACUUCGCUCCCUAGAAUCGGACACAGUGACGGCACUGGCGAUCCGUCCAGAAUUGACUCAAGGUUGUUGAAAAGUCUAGUCAAUGCAGUGAAAUCUGAGCAGAGUUAGUGCACCGUCGCAGCUUUAUGGGAUUCGUCCGGUGCUGUGCUUACCAUGCAUAUUGAGUGCUGUUUGUGCACGUUUCUGUUAAUUCGCUUGGUUGAAGGGCGGUCAGUUAAUAUCUUCAGUGACGAGGAGAAAGAAAAAUGUGAAGAUGCGCGGAAAAAGUUCUUGACGUCAACCGAUAGAAUAAUGAGAAAUUGGCACGGCGAGGAUGUGCGAAAAAUCGUCUUUGAAGGGGAUAUGGUUCUCUCAUCUACCCAGAAAGGUCGCUGGGGUAAAACGGGAUAUCUCACUGAAAACAGCAGCCCUCUUAUCCAUGAGAAAUGGCCAAAAAACACCGUCAACUAUGCAUUCAGCACUCCCACUCCUGACAAGCCAAUGAUCCUCAAGGCCAUGGAAGAAUGGUCAACAAAAACGUGCAUGAAAUUUGCAGAGGGCACGGGGAACGUGCUGCGCAUUUUCCAAGGCACUGGCUGUUACGCCCAGGUAGGGUACCACUCCAAGAACAUGCAAAUGUCCGUCUCCGAGAUAUGUGACAAGGGCACAGUGGUCCACCUGCUUGGACACGUGAUAGGACUGGUGCAUCAGCACUCCAGGCCCGACCGUGACCGUUUCCUGCACAUCCAGUUCCACAACACAGCGCUGGAGGAUGUCCUGUUCCUCAACUAUAAGGAUUACGACAAGUGCCCGUACGACUACCGGUCCGUCAUGCACUACGACAUGUACGGGCUGAGCUACAACGGCGAGAGUGUCUUCCUUGGCAGAUCAGAGGACAAGAAAGUGGACGGGCUGGUGCUGUCUUCUGCCAUUGGGACCGAUUGGACCAAGCCGUCCGACAGCGACGCGGCCCUCGUCAACCGCGAGUACGGCUGCCCGCUCAAAAAGUGCAGCGACCUCAAGCCGCAACCGCCAAAGUGCAAUCAGGACGUUCGCGCGGAUCAAGUGCACUUCGAACGGAGCGUCACCUUCAAGAGCAUGAUGACUGACCGCCACAAAGCUAUCUCGUGCAUCUGGAAGACGGAGGUGCCCGAGACGUUGCCCUGCUCCCGCGCCGCCAUCUCGGUCACGCUCUCGGAGAAGCCCGACGACGAUCUGAAACGCGUCUGGUUCGCCAGCGGCUGCCGCCUGUUCCACGUGGAGAUCUUCGACCCGGACGCAGACAUGAGCUACUUCUACUGUGCAGCUCAGUUCGCCAGGAAGGCCACCAAGGUGUUCGUGUCAACGGCACGGAAGAUCUAUGGCAUUGUGCGCCUGUACCCGGCCGACUGGGAGGGCUUCGAGACGGCUGCCCUUGAAACGGGCAAGGUCAAGUUUUUCAACAUCAAGGACUUCGUGUGCGCCGGGGAAAUAAACGGCAAGUGUUUCUAGGUUUCGGCGAAGCGCUCAGCGUCCGUUGCUGACAAUGCUUGUCUGAUGUGUGACGCAUUCGAGUCGCAUCGUACGCGGCAAAC